UCCUUCUUCAUGCCUUGCAGCCUCUGUUCCCUCAUUUCACCCCUCCCCAUGAGGCCAUAACCUCAGGCUCUCAUCAAGGCUUCCUCAUGGGGUGGCUCCACUCCCUCUUCUCUCCUGUGAGGAAGCUCUUGGUCCGGGCACAUUCUGCACGGAGAAACCGGAGGGGGAUGCGCAUCCUGUACAAAGAUGUCAAGUCUUGCCAGGACGAAGAUGUACAUGUCCUGUGGUCCAUCCUGGUCGACUCGCACCAUCACCCGGCCAUGGUGAAGCUGAAGCUCUAGGCUUCUUGCAAGGAUUGGAUGGCAGCCAUGACGGUGUGUGAUUUUCGCGUUCGAGUCGGCAAUUAUCUUAUGUAUAGAACCACAUGGUUUUCCAUGGCAAUGGCGUCAAGAAAAGGACGAGACAAAAAGAGAGGCAGAUGCGUAGAUGCUUUCCUUGUGUGUGUGAAUCUUGUGACUUUGUGAGUGAGGCUGAACUGUCGCCUUUGGUUGAUGUGAGUGAGGUUGAGCUGAUGUAUCUGUAUAUAGAAGCUCUUGAUGCCUUACCUAAUAGGAUGGAGUUUGAUAUUGUGUUUUUUUUUCUCCCUUUCUUGCCCCAUUUUUAUAACAGGCCGAUUUAAGUGUUUGUAUUUGUAUUAUGUGUGCCUGCAAAUCUUUUUCCAGUAUCCAUCUUGGAGUACAUAUAAUGGUGUUUAA